CCUGGAAUAGCGACCGUAUACCUGUGACGGGUUGUCCCAGGGAGUGGUGGAGGCGUUGGAAUGGUGGGCACACCUUUCCGACAUUUCUGGACGUGUAAUUAUGAGGCCAGUAUAUUGUGUGUGGCGUUCUGAGAUAUAUUUCGACUCUAAAUUUCUGUAACUUAUUAAUACGCAAACCUAGUUGCCCCACCCCCGGGAUGCCGAUCGCCAGUGGUGCCCUGGGAUGGCCUCGGAGUUAUUGGUCUCCGCCCCCACGGACCGUUUUCUCCAGAAAGAAAGUGUAUCCACAUGCUAUCGACUGGGCGAGACGGAGGGCUGAGGAACUAAAACAGAGGAGGCAGGGUCGGGUUCGCAAGAGGAAUAAGACUCGGAAAAGGAUGAUGUCACAAGGAGAUCGCCGGAAGUUAAAGAAGAGAUGUCUCAUUGCCAUUGUCAUCGUUGUCAUCGUGCUUGUGCUUGGAGCUGCUGCAUUUCUCAUCUGGUGGUUUAUUUUUAAAGACAAUCCAAACUGCAGCCUUCGGUGAUUUCAAUUAAAGGACAUCUUUAUGCAAGAACGCUUUAUUAUCUUAAUCUAUUAACGGAAUUCAAUGACGUCAUGAUGUGACGAGGAAAAACAAUUCAUGAUAGACAUAAACAUUUAUAUGUCAUCAAAGCAAUAGGACAAAGAAUGUUACCCUUAUGGGCAAUCGGAACACCACUCGGGUCUUUCCGUCAUGUCUCCGGAAGUCUUCGGGAAAUUCCGAAUAUAUGACAGAGACGGAAAGGCCCGAAAGUCUUCGGUAAAUUCCGAAUUAUGACGGAGUGGUUUUCCGGUCGCCCUUACGGAUAUUAAUAUAUGUAAAUAGAAUUUCAAGUUGAAGAUUGAUAUAACGUACAGGCGGUGGUACAGAUAAGAAUCUUAUUGUUACAAUGUUUGCGGUCGUUAUUUUUUCAGCUUUCAUUUUGACUUCACAACCAAAAUACAAUCGGAAACACUUCUUGAUCCGAGUUGUUUAGGUUUAUUUGCCAUGAUCCUUGUAAUCAUUCUGAUGAUAAAGAACUAAAAUGUCCGACAGGUUUUUUUUCAGACUACGAAAUCGGUAUUGACUCCAAUAACAUGAGAAAACCCGUUUUAAGGUAGGCAACCUAAUUCACGAAAUAUUAAACCCCAAUACUUGUAUCUGCGAUAUAUAUCUAUUAUCAAGUAACUUUUUGAGAAAAAAAAACUAAAAAGAAAAAAAAAUUACAUCAAAAUUACCAAGCACAAACUUUAUAUCGCAAAUAGAAGAUGAAAUACUAAAAAGAAAAAAAAAUUAAAUAAAAAUUACCAAGCACAAACUUUAUAUCGCAAAUAGAAGAUGUGGUCUUAUUGCAAAGGAUGGUUCCCCAGGGGCUAUAUUAAUUUCAUGAUUUCUGUGUUGUGGAGGAAUAAGGGAGAUAAAUAGGGUCAAUGCGUCUGUUUAUCAUGGUGGCUGAAUUCGGCCAUGUUUAUAGCUAGUGGUUUCUGUCAUUGGCAGCCUCAUUAAGAUACAGAUCAUCAUUAUACACUGCGUUAUUAUGUCAUGCUAUAAAUGAAGUUUUUUUCAUCCUUAAUUAACAAAUUAACAUCAGUGUAUAUGAACACAAAUGAAUUACGUACAUCUGGUUUGUACUUUGGGCCUACAACAAUUGUUGUUAACAAGAUGGGCAGUAACGUUUGUCUUCAUUUCAAUAUAUUUAUUUAUUUGUUUAUUUAUUUAUUUAUUUGCUUAUUUAUUUAUUUGCUCAUUAUUUUUGUCAGUAUGGGACUUUGUUUAUCAAAACGUCGGUUACGCAUGUGUUUAAAGGUUGGAUCCGUGGGCAAAGGGGAGUAACUCUGUGAUCCUUAAGACUUGUAAACUUGCACUAAGAAAGAUAGUACUAACUCUCACCUCUACCCCCUGAUAUCAAUUUGAAAUGUUAAAUCGGACCAACAUGAUCGUCGUUUAUAAUUAUCUAAUGAUAUUUUUAGUUUGAAUUGUGCUGUAAGAUGCCUGAUUGGUUUGUUUUUAUUAUUCGGUUCUCAUUUUGAGAGCUUAGCAUUCCAUUGUUUUACUUAGAAUCAAAAGAACACACGUUUUCCCUAUUCAGAGUCCUUAUUUUGAGAGCGUGACAUUCCAUUGUUUUACCUAAAAUCAGAAGAACACACGUUUUCCCUAUUCAGAGUACCUUAUUUUGAGAGCGUGACAUUCCAUUGUUUUACCUAAAAUCAGAAGAACACACGUUUUCCCUAUUCAGAGUCCUUAUUUUGAGAGCGUGACAUUCCAUUGUUUUACCUAAAAUCAGAAGAACACACGUUUUCCCUAUUCAGAGUACCUUAUUUUGAGAGCGUGACAUUCCAUUGUUUUACCUAAAAUCAGAAGAACACACGUUUUCCCUAUUCAGAGUACCUUAUUUUGAGAGCGUGACAUUCCAUUGUUUUACCUAAAAUCAGAACACAAAUUUACAUGUGUAUGUUUUUGUUCGUAUAUUUAAUGUUGUUUGUUUUGUGUCAGAAUUAGGCCCACGGAUUUGUUUGUCGUUUUUUCAGUACAGCACAGUAUAAUGUUUAAUAUGGUAUAACAUUAUCAUCGUGCCUGUACGACAAAUUGUUUUUGUAAAUAAAAUAAAUGUUGCUUUA